AUGACUGGAAGAUCAGACGACGGGUUCCACCACAUUCUCAACUUCAUUGACGGAAAAUUUGAAAAGCCUGUCAAUGGAUCGUACUUUGAGAGUGUGAACCCAACAACAGCAGUGGCAAGCUCACUCCUAUUAGCUCCUGCAGAUGCUCAAGAUAUAAAUCUAGCUGUAGCAGCUGCAAAACGUGCAUUCGAAUCAUGGUCAAAAACUACUCGGCAAUAUCGAUCAACCCUACUCAGCAAGGUUGCCGAUAUAAUCGAAUCUAGACUAAUGGAGUUUGCAAAAGAAGAAAGCAUUGAUCAAGGCAAGCCAGUAAGGCUAGCUGCUACGGUCGAUAUACCACGUGCAAUAUACAACUUUCGAUUCUUUGCCUCGUACAUACUUCAUACAUCCGAAAAAUCGUCUGUUUUGGAUGGAGUUGCGCUAUCUGUGGUACACAGAAAUCCAGCUGGUGUUGCUGGUUUGAUAUCUCCGUGGAAUCUACCUCUAUAUCUGCUUACAUGGAAGAUAGCUCCGUGUCUCGCCUUUGGAUGUACAGCAGUCUGUAAGCCGAGUGAGUUUACCUCUGCUACAGCUCACAUGCUCUGCUCGGUGUUCAAUGAGGCUGGGGUUCCCGCUGGCGUUGUGAAUAUGGUGUUUGGAGAAGGUGGAUCUGCUGGUACACCUCUUGUUUGUCAUCCAGACGUACCAUUGAUUUCUUUCACUGGUGGAACUGCUACUGGUGAAUGGAUUUAUCGCGCAGCUGCACCUUAUUUCAAAAAGCUGUCUCUGGAAUUAGGUGGCAAGAAUGCAAACGUAGUCUUUGCCGAUUGCAACUUUGAAGAUGCUGUAGCGACCUCUGUGAGAUCCAGCUUCUCAAACUCUGGUCAAAUCUGUUUAUGUGGUUCAAGAAUCUUGGUUGAAGAAUCGAUAUAUGACAAGUUCGUUUCAGCCUUGGUUGAACGAACAGACAAACUGGUAGUCGGUGACCCGAAAGACGACAGGACAGAUCUUGGUCCAGUGAACAAUAGCAGACACCUCGAGAAGAUUAUGAAGUAUCUCGUUAUGGCGAAGGAAGAAGGUGGCAAGAUAUUGACUGGUGGAGAACGUGUCAAGGUAGCUGUUCCUGGACUUGAGAAUGGAUUCUUUUUGAGGCCUACUAUCAUUACAGGGCUACCACACUCUAGUCCUCUAUUUCAACAAGAAGUAUUUGGACCAGUCGUCUGCAUUCUGCCCUUCAAAACCGAGGAAGAAGCAGUAUCUCUUGCCAACGACACCAAAUACGGUCUGUCAGCCAGUGUUUGGUCUGAGAAUGCAAAGAAGGCUCGCCGUGUUGCUCAACAACUACGUGUUGGUACAGUUUGGGUCAAUUGUUGGAUGGUCAGGGAUUUGAAUAUGCCAUUUGGAGGAACCAAGGCUUCAGGAUUAGGUCGAGAAGGUGGUGGAUACAAAGGCAAAAGAUAUGACAAAGUCGCGCCUGAAUCUGACGCUGAUACAACUCCCAACAGAGAAAAACGGAUUCCAAGCUAUAAAAAGUCGAUGGUGGCCUUUCGACAUCUGUCUUACACUGUCCAAGUUCCAACUUUGGUAAAAGGUGGCCAGAAGCCAUUUGUACCAAAAGUGCUGCUUGACAAUGCUUAUGGAGAGUUUUCUCCAGGUCUCACCACGGUGGUCGGUCUUACGAAAUCCGGCAAAAGUGCUUUAUUACAGGUUCUUACUGGCCAAGCUAAAGGAUCAGUGGAAGGACAGUUAUUGUCUAACGGUCGUGAAGUUGCCGCUGCGGACAUUCGAAAAAUCAGUGCUUUGGUUUCUGAAAGCUCUAUCCGAUCAAAUAUGGCCACCGUUACUGUAAAGGAAGCAGUUACUAUGGCGGCGAUGCUCCGCAUGCCUAGCAAUGCGGGGUUGACCGACAUGAGGGACAAGAUUGAUUCUGUCUUGGAGUUACUCAAUUUGGACCAUCUUGCGGAGAAGGUCAUUGGAGAUUCUGCUUCAAAGACGGGCAUUACUGAUGGUGAAAGAUUGCGAACAGCUGUAGCUAUGGAAGUCUUGGCAAAUCCUCAAAUUUUGUUUCUGGACAAUCCGACUCUGAAUUUGAGCGCCGAAGAAAGCUUUGAGUUAAUGGUUGCUCUUUCCAAACUUGCAAACUCUGGAAUCAGUGUCGUCGUCACAACUCGUCAAAUGGCUAACUCAUUCUUUGAUUUGGUUGACAAUACAAUCGUUCUGUAUGAAGGAACCACGUUGUAUGCUGGACCUCCAAAAGAAAUGGUUUCUUUCUUUGUUGGACGUGGGUUUGCCUACAAGGAAGGCGUCGACAAGGGUGAAUACUUGACAGAUAUUUUGAAGAAACAAGACGCUCCUGCAAGCAAGCUCAAGGUUGAAGCCAGCUCCUGGACUAGCAGUGUGUGGUUGAUGGGAGCUGAAGAUGGAUCUAUGGCGUCUAGAUACAGGAAUCUGAUCACCUUGAAGAAAACUAGAGCAAGGAUUCUGAUGCACGUAUAUGCAGUCAUUCCGCCAGCUGCGAUAACCAUUAUUGUAACUUCUGUUGUCACCAGUAGAAACGCCGCCGUUACAGAAGGUUCAGUGUCCGGUGCCUUGGGAAAUUCCACAUCGACUGAAACCGCUACCACAUCUCUUUUGACUACUUUUGGAACAAUUAACUCGGUUUACACGUCAGCAGUUCCAUCCAAUGUUUUUGAAAUUCUUUUGCCACCAACUGGGUCUUCAUCGACGGUACUACCAACUGCGGAUCCUUCGACCACGAUUGCUUCCAGUGUUGGCCCAUCUAUUCAGCCCAGUGUGGAGCCGUCAACUUCAAUCCAAUCAAGUGCAGUACCAUCAAGUGCGGAUCCCUCGACUACAGUUGCUUCGAGUGCGGCGCCAUCCAUUCAGCCAAGCGUGGAUGCUUCUACUACAGUUGCUUCAAGUGUAGCUCCAUUUAUGCAGCCAAGCGUAGAUUCUUCGACUACCAUCUCUUCAAGUGCAGCUCCAUCAAUUCAGCCAAGUGCAAAUCCUUCGACUACCAUCGCUUUAAGUGCUGAAACAUCUAUACAGCCAAGUACGGAUGCUUUGACUACGGUUGCCACAAGUGUUGGUCCAUCCAUUCAGCCAAGUAUAGAGGCUUCAACUACAACUGCUGCAAGUGCAGCACCAUCUAUUCAAUCAAGUGUGGACCCAUCGACGACAAUUGCUUCCAGUGCUGGCCCGUCUAUUCCUCCAAUUGUGGAGCCGUCAACUACAAUCGAAUCAAGUGCAGUAUCAUCUAUUCAACCAACUGCAGAUCCGUCGACUACAGUUGCUGCGAGUGCAGCGCCAUCCAUUCAGCCAAGCGUGGGUGCCUCUACUACAGUUGCUUCAAGUGCUGAAUCAUCGAUUCAGCCAAGUGCAGAUCCCUCCACUACAAUCGACCCAAGUGCAGCGCCGUCUAUUCAAUCAAGUGCGGAUGCUCCUACUACAGUUGCGCCGAGUGCAGCAUCAUCCAUUCAGACAAGUGUAGAUGCUUCUACUACAAUCGACUCAAUUGCAGCACCAUCUACCCAGCCAAGUGUAGAUCCAUCCACUACAAUUGACUCAAGUGCAGCACCGUCUAUUCAAUCUAGUGCGGAACCUUCGACCACAGUUGCUUGGAGUGCUGCGCCGUCUUUUGAUCCAAGCGUGGCUCCUUCGACUGUUGCUCAAUCUCCAGACUCAUCGGCCGAACCAUCCUCAGCUACAACUGUGGCCACAAUCAUUACUCAAUCUCCAGACACAUCUAUAGUUGUACCAUCGCCAACAACGUAUGCUCCAUCAGCCGUCGCUCAAUCUGCAGACCAAUCUGCAGUGUUAGCAUCACCUACUACCAUCAUUCCAAUAUCCGUUGCACCUUCACCGACUCCAUCGUGUUUGCCUGGUUUGACAAUGUGUGCUGGUACAUGCAUGGCAAGCAGCAUGAGGGAAGAUUAUAUGUAA